CAGUUUUAAAAAUUUCUAAAGCGCGAAAGCUAUUGAAUUCCCAACCCGGAACAGUUUCUCGCUGACUGAAGCACUGAUGAGUUGUGUUUUGUUAAAAUACCUAAACGAUGGCCAAAUGUGUAGUGAUAGCCUAUUUUAUUGGAGUCUGGAUCCUUCUCUUGCAUUCAUCCAACGCUUUUAAUGUGGUGUCUCAAUAUGAGUUUGACAUGUUUAAGGCUGAAAUCCACGGAAGACUGGAAACAAUGGAAGCGAUACUUCACAAAAUAUCGGAGAGCUUUGACAAUACAAAAUUCUUAGGUACUCCUGGUCCCCCAGGUCGCCCUGGUCCUAGAGGCGUAAAAGGAGAGCCUGGUGAGCCAGUCAAUCCUGGCAUUUCGGAGAAUGCUGGCCCAGCUGGCUUUCAUGCCAGAAGUGGCUAUCUAUUCGGACCCCCUGGACCUCCUGGACCUCCUGGUUCUCCGGGCAGGCCAGGAAAGCAAGGAAAUGUUGGUAAGACUGGCUUGUCAUGCAAAACCUGCGAACCAGGACUUCCAGGCUUGCAAGGUCCUCCGGGGCAGAAGGGCGAUCGCGGCGACCCAGGCUUCUCCGGCAUGAAAGGCGAUCGUGGGUUUGUCGGCUUGGUAGGCCAUCCCGGCAUGCAAGGACCCAAGGGAGAGCCCGGCUGUGGCUGUCUGCACAAGAAGGGCGAACAUGGUAACCCACUUGAUUUUGGUAUUUAUAGCACUACGGACUUUGAAUCGGAAGACGGAUCUGGCAUUUAUACUUGGAAUGUGAAUUAAUGAUUCUUUAAGAAUAAAGCCUUUAAUUGAGUACUCCUACAAA